AUGAACGACGUUCAAGUGUGGACCAACGCCGCAUUCGACGACCGCGGCGGCGACACCUUCUUUCCGAUGAAGACUUCUUGGUCUUCCUCCGACUGCAGCAAAGAAAACGUGAGCCCUAGCGCACUGAAUUCCUCCCCGAAAUCCAAGAAACACACCAAGACCAAGGGUUUCGCUCUCUCUUCCGACGACAAUAGAAACAUCGACGACGAGAUCGAAGCGCUCGAGCGCGAAAUCACGCGCCUCACCACGCGUCUCGACGCGCUUCGCCUCGAGAAGGCCAAGCGCGGAAAGCGCGUGGUGGGCAGAGCCGUUCCCGCGAAGUUCAUGGAGCCGCGCCCAAACGCCGCCGUUUUGAGAAAACCCGAAGAAACACCGAAGACUAAGGUAAAGAGUAGUAUUAAUAAUUGCAGCGCGUGGCGGCGAGGGAUGAGUAUGGGACCAGCUGAGAUCGCGGCGACGCCGGCAACCGUGCAGAAUCGCCGGAAAUCGUGCUUCUGGAAGCUACCGGAGAUCGACGAGGAAACGAGGGCGAAGACCGUUGGGAGAGUGAAGAAGAAAGAGGAAAGUUCGGUGGUUCAGGUUCAGGCGAGGAAGAUGUUUGAGAGGGAGAAGGUGAAAUCGCUGUGUGAGAGUAACAAGAAGGCGGUGAAGCCAGGGAGGAUGGUGGCGAGUAGGUAUAAUGGUGGUGGUGAUGUGAGGAAGAGGUCGUUGCCUGAUGGAGGGAGUGAGGUUAGGGUUAAGAAGAGGUGGGAGAUUCCCAAGAAUGAGGAGGAAGAAGAGGCUGUGGUGGCUGCGGUGGUGGUGCUACCGAAGAUUAAGACUGUUAAGCGUGUUAAUGAAAGUCCCAGAGACUCUGGUGCUGCGAAGAGAGUUGCUCAAUUGGUUGGGAAGAGGUCCUAUUUCAGCACUGACGAGAAUGACGUCUGUCAAAUUCUAGAUUUUGCAGAAGAAGAAGAGGGGUUGAAUUGA